UUCCAUUUGUAUUCUUCUUCCUUUCACACACUCGAAAUUCUUUGGAGACCAGGGCUUCGACCUAGAAUUCUCCCCAGAACAAGAAACAUCCUCGAUCUUCUCUUGUCAUGAAAUCAUGACAUCAGAGUGUGCCUUGUCAAUUCCUGCAGAAGUCGAAUUGGCUUCUCGUUUGAGAACUGUGCAGUUCCUAGUGACACAAAGGCCCUGGCUUGAUCUUUAUGGAAAGAGAGUUAGACCUGUUGCUCCUUUCGGAAGUACGAGUAGUAAACCUUUCGUUGAUCCAGCACUUAUUCAUCGUUGCUUGCCUGAUGAGCUACUCUUUGAGGUCUUUGCAAGAAUGACUCCUUACAGCUUAGGCAGGGCAGCAUGCGUUUGUCGGAAAUGGAGAUAUACAAUUCGAAAUCCUCUGUUUUGGCGCAGUGCAUGUCUAAAGGCUUGGCAGCUUUCUGGACCAGCAGAAAAUUACAAGAUCUUGCAGUCUAAAUAUGAUGGUUCUUGGAGGAAAAUGUGGCUUUUAAGGCCAAGGGUUCGUACUGAUGGACUUUAUGUGAGUAGGAAUACUUACAUUCGUGCUGGAGUUGCAGAAUGGAAGGUUACCAAUCCUGUGCAUGUGGUGUGCUAUUUCCGCUACAUGAGGUUUUUCCCAUCUGGGAAGUUCCUUUACAAGAAUUCUUCCCAAAAAGUGAAAGAUGUGGCAAAGUGCAUGAACUCUCGUGCAUCUAAAGCUGAUUGUGUUUAUAGCGGCCACUACACAUUGUCUGAUGAUAAGGUUGAAGCUGCUCUAUUAUACCCAGGCUUGAGACCUACUGUUUUGAGAAUCCGCUUAAGGUUGAGAGGAACAACAGCAGGAGCAAACAAUCGCAUGGAUCUUCUUUCCCUUGUUACAAGUGGUGUUAAUGAUAAUGAACUUAACAACCAUGAUGAUGACAUGCUUGGUGUGGUUGAAGGGUGGCAAGAUGAUGAGACCCACAACCCUGAUGUACCUGCAAUCUCACACAGGAGGGGACUUGUGCCAUUUGUCUUUGUUCCAUUUGAAGAGGUUGAAACAUCAGUUCUGAAUCUCCCUGUGGACAAGAUGGAUUAUUUCGUGCCAGGAUAAUGCUUGAAUGCGUGAGAACUUCCACCUUGUAAAUAUGUAUUAUUCAGAAAGGUUUUUAAGAUAUGCAUACUCUGAUAUUCUUUAUGGUGUGAAAAGUUUUAGUGUUUUAAUAAGAAGUAAGAACAAAGCGUCAAAACAUGCAAAGGUAUUUCAAUGGUCUUUUAUUUUUCUUUCUUGUUCUGGUGUCUCUCCUUGCCUUCAUCCCAAUGUAAUUUGGGCUGUCUUUCUGUAUCAGAUGGACGUUGUGUGUAAAUAGUGUGAUCUUUAGUCCAUUUCAUCAUGACUUAAA